AUGGGACGAAAGCCGAGAAUUCCAGAGGCAGAAUGGGAGAGGCAGAAACCAACUAUUGAGAGAGUCUACAUGGAAGAGCAGCAAAGCCUCAGAUGCCUAGGGGAAGGGAUGGCUGCUAUACGUGGCUUCAUUGCAUCUUUGACUCUUGACGAUCCGUCUCAACAGGAUCGCAAACGGACAGCACAAGCCCUGCCAUCGAGACCUAUCCAGAGGAGUUUUAUCUUAAGAUUCCACCUUCAUCGCAAUUCCCCCGAGUUUCUCUGGCACGAUAAUAUCGAAAGAGAACUCUGGAGGAUCAAGAGUGCUACUGACACCAUUAUCAACGGCUCAUUUGCAUCUGGGAAGGAUGUAUGGAGAGCAGACCAUGCCUCAUUCAUUGCUCCAUCAAUUGACAUGGAUAGCUUCCAACAAUGGCAGCACCUCGAGUCCCAAUCUUCAGCUAUUGUUGCCCUUACAGGAAUGGGCGUUGAUGCUGAAGUUAGAGGCUCUCUUGAAGAGCUAUUCCGUAAUAUUGAAAGCCUCAAGGGCUUUACGAAUCGCAAGGCGUUCAUACCUCAGCUUAUCUACAUGUGGAGAGUAUGUCUGAACCUCUUCAAAGUUCGGUUGCCUCUGCCUCGGCCCAAAAUAGCCGGUAGCCAUUCAAUGCUUUCCAUCAAUCCCAUAACCCCAGCCGUCAUACAAAGGCUGGAAGUGCGCCUAACUGCCAACCUUGGAAAAACUGAUCCUGCCUGCGAGAUUUUGGCCGCACUCCUCACAAUCUUCAGACACACGCCCGAAAAGUUCAAGUUAGCAUUGGAGUGUGGAUAUUUCAUAACCAUCAGAGGAUUCGAAACCAUCGCCGGAAGCGGCCAUCCCAUGGUUCUGAGAAUGUGGUCCCACUAUAGUAGAGCCUGGGGACCAAAGUCAUUCUUGGACAUUGAUAGAAUAGGCGAGGCGCUCCAACACAUCAACUCGUAUGUUGAUUACUCUAGUGUUGAAACGGGACCACAGUCAAUACUCAGCUUCCUCAAUCUCACGGAAAUGCAGGUAGCAAAAGAGAGCGUCAAGCUAGGAAACCUCAGUCAAUAUUGUGCUAUGCUACCAUAUUCACCGCAUCCCACUCGUUUGGAAGACUUCGCUCUGGAGCUAAGGAAGAGGGCGAUGGGAAGUAUCCAGACCUUUAAAUAUCGGGAUAAUGCCUUGAUACUCGACGCCUUUGUUUUCGCAACUGAGCUGCUGGCCUUAAGGCUAUUUGUCAGACUUUGUCCUGAAUUCAGCCUGGAGAUUCUCGAUGAAGCCAUAGAGCUGUUACAGAAAGGUGGUACCGAGUGCGUUAUCUGGGCGUCCAGGUUCUCAAAGGAUCGUUUAUCACUCCUCAAAGGUAGAGGAAGCCCCCAGGACUUUCAUGUAGAAAAAGUCCGUAUGAACCACAUCCGAAGAAGACUCCCAACCUUGCCGUCUCAGAUCACAAAGCUUCCAAGGGCUGUUAGUAUAGCUAGGACAAGGGAGUUUAGAGGGCAACGUCGGGAGGAGAGGUACAUAUUGCGUGCAUAUCUUCAAUCCAUGCUAGAUAGCCUCCUUGCGUCUACAGAUGAUGAGGAUCGCUGA